AUGGCAGGAGCAUUUGGGACCGUGUACAAAGGGAUUUUGCCAAAUUCCAACAAGGUUGUGGCCGUGAAGAAACUUGAGAAAGUAUUAACAGAAGGAGAAAAAGAGUUUCAGAAUGAAAUCUCGGUGAUUGGGAAAACACAUCAUCGUAAUCUCGUCCAGCUACUUGGAUACUGCCUGGAUGGAGCUAAGAGGCUUCUAGUUUAUGAGUACAUGAGCAACGGAUCUUUGGAAAAAUUCCUGCACAAACCAGAGAACCAUCCAACUUGGGACGAAAGAAUGAAAAUUGCCUGUGACAUUGCUAGAGGUAUUCUUUACUUACAUGAAGAAUGUGAGACACAAAUCAUCCACUGUGACAUCAAACCUCAGAAUAUACUCAUGGAUGAAAGCAGAUGUGCCAAGAUUUCUGAUUUUGGAUUGGCAAAGCUGUUGAAAAAUGAUCAAACCAGAACUUAUACAGGAGUAAGAGGAACAAGAGGCUAUGUUGCACCAGAAUGGUUCAGGAAAUUGCCUGUGACAGUUAAAGCAGAUGUUUACAGCUUCGGAAUUGUGCUGCUAGAAAUCAUAUGCUGCCGCAAAAGCGUAGACUGUACCAGUCCCGAGAGUGUAGCAAUUCUUGAAGAAUGGGCUUAUCAGUGUUUUGAGGCUGGAGAGCUAUAUAAAUUGGUUGGUGAUCAGGAGGUUGAUGACGUGAGAGAACUGGAAAGAAUGGUCAAGAUAGCUCUCUGGUGCGUCCAGGAUGAGCCAGCUCUUCGUCCAUCCAUGAAGAAAGUUCUUCUGAUGCUCGAAGGAACUGUUGAUAUUCCAGAUCCUCCCAGCCUUACAUCUUUUUUAAUUGCCAUAUAA